AUGGCUACCCGCUCUGUAACCGUGCUGACCGUGCACGGACGCCGCCAGACAGUAAAGGUGGAACCAGACAUGACUAUGCUAGAGAUACUGGAGACUGUCUGCCGUAAGUACAACUUCCCGCAAGAUGAGUACGACCUGCUGCAUCACAACAAGGUGCUCGACUUGACGACCAUGUUCCGUUUUGCUGGCGUUCCGAACAACGCCCUGCUGGAGAUGGCCAAGGCAAAGCAAAUACGCACCGAAGACGAUGUGAUUGUACAGCUGCAGCUGGAGGAUGGUACGCGUAGCGAGAAUGGAACGUUUAAACCGUCGCAAACGUUGCUGGACGUGUUGAUGGCGCUCUGCUCGUCGAGGGCCACCGCCGAAGCACAUCCCGUGCUGGUGUACAUGCGAAGGGAGGUAUACUGGGAGCAGCUAGCCACAACCACCUUGAAAAGCCUCGGGCUGACACGGGGUCGGGCAGCGCUUCGAUUGCUACAGCGUCGUGCGGAAGAACCUAAAAUUCAGGCUAAUGUUUCGGCACCAUUACCCCAAACGGUGCGCUUGGAAGAAGCAAUCAAACCAGUCACGACUGUGCCUUUGAGCGAAGCGCCUACCGCUGCUGCUGAUGCUGCUGCUACGACGAGUCUACCAGAAGCAGCAAAACCUUCCGCCUCGGUGCCUGAUCCGAUCGUGGAGCGAGCUCCGGAACGGAUCGAUGAAACGAAACCUGUCGAGGAAGUGGAACCAUCGCCGAAGGUGAGGGAAGCACCAUCGCAAGAUACGGUUAGCGAACAGCAGCAAACCGAUACACCAAGACCUGAAGCGCAAAUAAUGGUACUGGGCGAACGGGACGCCGUGCUAUACCACGCGUCCACGGCGGAACGCGAACAGGCCGAAGUGGCGGACUCCUUCUUUGACCUAACCGUGCCGGAAAUGAUGCAGCUUUACAAGCAGUUGCAAGAUCGCGUUAAGUCGUUUGAAGAUGCACCCCUAUUGACGGGAGAGCUGCGGGAGCUGGAGCGAAACCAGCAACUGUUGACUAACAUGAACAGGUAUCGGCAGGCGGUAAUCAGGGUACAGUUUCCCGACCGCCACAUUCUACAGGGAGUGUUUCAAGUAUACGAGUCGGUCGGUCAUGUGAUGGAGUUUGUGCGGCGUUACCUAGCCGAUUCGAAACAACCAUUUUACCUGUAUACUACACCGCCAAAGGUGGUAUUGCAGCCGACGGUUUCGUUGCUGGAUGCUGGUUGUUUUCCGCAGGUGUUGCUACACUUCAGCUAUGAUCAUGCGUCUAACGACAGUACGUCCGCUCCUGCCGGGUUCUGUCUGCAGCCGGAGCUGCUCGAACGCCUGUCAAACGCAACCGGAGCGUCAGCCGUUGCUGCACGUGCGAAACGAAACGCUGCUGGCGCUGGUGUGUCGCAAGAAGGCACGACUCCUACCAGCGCUGAGCCCACGGUCCGCAUCUCGAGCGAACCCAUGGUGGCCGGUCCAUCCAACCGCAUACCACACCGUAACUUCCGACAAUCAUCAUCCAUCCCCGAUCAAUCGACGAGCGAACGAGAGGCGAAGUUAUUGAAGUUUUUGAAGAAGUAG